GUGCGAGCAACGUCACUAAGAAAAGAAAACUUUUUUUUUUCUUUUAAUACCCAAUAUUACGUUACUAGUUCUUUUGUACUUUAAAGAUUAACGACAAAUAUAGAAUAAUGGCACCUAAAUCAGGAGAAAUUUCGCUGGUCGACGACAAAGAAUCCUUAACUAAAGAUACUUCUUUGUCAGCAAACGAAACAGAAGAAAUUUGGUCUUCUAUUCUUAAGGGGGUUGCUUCCUCAAAAAUCGUUCCCACAAAGAAUUUAUUGAUUUUAGGCGAUAGAGAAUCAGGAAAAACUGCCCUCAUCCGACACCUUAAAGGUGUCGAGGAUGAAGAGACUUUUGAGGUUCCUAAUGCUAACGGUACUAUGUCAAAAAGUGUGGGUACUGGAACCGACGACAGUUCUCCCAUUGACAAACAUUCGAAUAAUGAACUAGCUUUAAGUUAUACUUUUGUGGAAGUAAAGGAUGACGAAGCAGAAGAUACGCUCACUCGUCUUGGAAUAUACCAACUUGCUGGUUCUCAUGAAUCUUAUCAAUCUCUACUUCGUUUUGCACUUAAUUCUUCCACUCUUCCAGACUCCCUCGUUGUGAUUGUUUUAGAUUGGGCACGUCCCUGGACUUUUAUUGAAACAUUACAACGAUGGAUCAAAUUUUUAGAAGUAGGGAUUGAGAACAUAAAAACAGAAGGUAGCAGUGGAACCAAGGACGGUUGGUCUAAGGGAAAAGUUGUUGUUGAGGAAUUAAAAGAGUCCAUCGAACGUUUUAUUCAAACUUAUUCCGAACCAGAUUCUACAAAUCCAAAUGCAGCAACAGUUAAUAGUGAAAGUGAAGAUGUUGCAUUGCCAUUGGGCCCUGGAGUUUUAACUACUAACUUGUCUGUACCAUUAGUGGUAGUUUGCACUAAGUCCGAUAAGGUAAGUUCUUAUCUUGAGCGUGAAUUAGACUACAAAGAAGAGCGAUUCGAUUACAUACAGCAAUGCUUAAGGACAAUUUGCCUUAAAUAUGGUGCUGCACUUUUCUACACAACUACAAGACUUCCCGAGACAUUUACCAAUCUGAGACAAUAUAUCCUUCAUCGACUACUUGGUUUUAGGCCCACGUCCAGUGAUACCAAGUCUGCAUUUGCCUUUAAUAUUAAAGCAAACUAUGUUGAGCGUGACAGAGUAUUGGUUCCCGCUGGUUCGGAUUCUUGGAGAGUAAUUAAAUUUUUAAAAGAAGGAUUCGAUUGUAAUGAAUUACUUCAAGGUUGGAACUUGGACAUGGGUGAGAAAUCUUCAUCAGAAGAAGAUACUGGUGAAAAAAUCAGCGCUAGAAAAGUAUACGAAGAAGAAAUUAUUGCCCAUGAGGAUCUUGAUAAACCAUUAUCGGUUCAAACUACUAUUGAAGCAGAAGAUGAACAGGAGUUCUUCCAAAGACAUUUCGAUACCUUACAAAGAGCUAAUAGUGAACGUCCACCCCCACCUUCAGUUGUUGGACCAAUGGCAGCUCCCAGUUAUUCAUAUGGUGACAUUGGAGCAGAUAUCCCUGAUCUUGAUAAUUCUCUACCUAAAGCUCCUCCAAGAACUAGUCCAAACCCUCAGGUCAAAAAUCCCUUACAGCCACCGAAUACUACUAUUACAAAUGGAACAACAGCUCCCCCUUCAAAUGGAUCUGCACCUAAUCCGAAUCCGAAUCCAAGUCAAAAUAAUAAUCAAAACGAGGUUCUCGCUAACUUUUUCCAAAAUCUACUUUCGAAAAAGACAACUACUACAGGGCCUUCUGCAACAUCAUCAAAUGAACCAAUUACCACCCCUGCAAUUAACAAACAAGAUAGGAAAAUGGUAGAAAAAGAAUUAAAUAAAUUGAGAAUGCCCCCCACUACUGCUACAUCCAGUAUGGCUGGAAAGUAAAUAAUAUGGUAAGAGUGCAAAAAGCAUUCUUAAUUUAUUUCUUUCAUUUAUCAAACACUUGAGAUACGCUGGAACAAUUUUAUUUUGACUUCAUUAUAAAAUUUUACUGGUUGCUUACCAGGCUUUUAUACAAAAUACCUUAAAUACUUUCUAUACAACCCUUUUAUUUUCAAUUAUAUACAUAAUUCAAAUUUUAUAUAUUUUGAUUAUCUACAAAAUAAAUUUU